CUCGAAACGCCUGCGAUGAACCAAGCCGAAGCGGCGCGUGGCAGUGCCAAGGAAGCGAGCCUCCAGGCGGCGCGGCGCCGCUGCGAGACGCAGCUCAUGGGCCGCGACGUCCACGCGGCCUACGCCACCAUUGUCGCGACCGUCCAGGAUGCUGUCGGUGUUUACGGCAAGCACGGGCUUGCGAUCGUGCCGUAUUACCUCCUCAUGGCCGACGUCGGCUUGGAACUCGGGCAUCUCAAGCAGGUCGAAGAAGUCCUCGCGCUCAGCAUUUGGAGCCUCGUACGCAGCGCCGAAGAGAGCAGCGCCCACGAAGGCGAGACGCACCCGGGCACGCUCCUCCAGCGCGCGGCAGUCUGCAAGCUCUACGGUCGGUUCCACGCCGAGGCCGACAACUACGACGAGGCGCUCAAGCAAGCGGCGAACGGCGCCUACUACGCCUCGCUCGUCCACGGCCCCGAGCACAUUCUCACGUCGACACUCUACUUUACGCUCGGGUGCAUCUUCCAGCGCAUGUUCAAGACCGAGCAAGCGCUCGGCAUGUUCGACAAGCUCGUCGAGAUCUGGUACAAGUACCUUGCGAAUCGCCUGCCGUUGGCGGAAGGCAAGGACCGAGACGACGACAACGACGACGACGCGCUCGCCCACCGGCGGCUCUUGCACGACGGCAACACGAUGCUUUUGCACAUCCUCGAUACGCGGUCCAAGGUGCUCGGCUCGGGCCACAUUGCGACCGGGGAGGUCGAGUACACGAUGGGUCUGCUCAAAGUACACAUGGGCCUUCCGUCGGAAGCCAAGGGGUUCCUCGACCAAGCGCUCUCGAUCUACACGGACGCCCUCGGGUCGCUGCACCCGUCGACGAUCGAUGUGCAAAGCGUGAUCGAUACCAUUCGUGGCGCAUAAGAUGUUUCAUCGUGUAUAGAGUCUUCUACUUGAGCGA